AUGCAAGCUGUCUCUUCUUCGCCAGCAGGCGCUAGGCCCUGCAACACCCUCCUACUCGUUACGUUUGCACUCCUCUCUGCAGCCGGAGCAUGGUUCAUGCGUGUUUCUCUCAUUCUUUACGAUGCCCCAAAAGACUUUCUCGAAGUUGUUCAAGCAGGCGUUUACCCUAAUGGGACGCCGAUCAAGAAAGACUACACAGGCCUCGCCCCUCUCGACGAAGGUCUCUCUUUCCUUGUUGCAGCAUUCCUUCCAGGAGCUGCUGGAUGGAACGAGACAUUUUACUGGCAACAGUUUCAUUUUCUGAUCCAAAUCACUGGUCUUAUCGCUAUCAUGAAUGUUGAGGCCUGCCGAGAGAGGAACAGUGCUAUUCUAAGCACCGCUGUCUGGGCUUUUGUUUACCAAAACGUAGGUGGUGCAGUGAUCAUCACACUCUGGAUGCUUCUUUUCCAUCGUCUUUCUGGCCGCAACUCAUACUUCCAGUCUGGCCGUGCUGUUCCUCUUCCGUAUGCUAAAGUCAUUCUACCCGGUACGAUUCUUCAGUACCUCAUUCCUACCAUCGCCAUUUUCAUCUCUGGGCAGUCCAUCACCAUGCUACAAGGAGUUCUUGCAUUCUGGCAAUUUGCUCCCGUCCUCGCCAACAUUCCACUGUGGUUCGUAUCGCCAUUCGUAUCCACAACGCCCGCUUCUGGAAAAACGAAGACUGCGGACAUCCGUCAUCUUAAAAUCAUCUACAACACCGUUUUCGUCAUCUCCGUCAUCUCACACUGGAUCACCAUCUACAAAGUCGCCAGCUCCGAGAAUCCUGAAGUCACCUUCGUUCGAGUGUUCCUGCCUAGCCGCGAGCAUUGGCUGACCUCAAUGAAUGAAGGUUUGCUUUGGAUCUUCCAAUGGGAUUGGAUCAUCUUUGCGGCUUGUUACCUCAUUUCUGCUUUGACCGCAAUUUAUGACAUCCAGCGCUUGGUGCCGGACAUUGACACUGAUCCUGAGGGUGAUAAGAUUUUCAAGGGUGUAUACAUGGUCGUGGCUUUGACGGUUCUGGGUGGUCCGGGUGCUGCACUUUCGGGUGUUUGGAGCUGGCGGGAAGAGCAACUCGCGGUUCUUGAGGAGCGCGCUGAAAAAGCCAGCCUAAAGAAGGCUACUUGA